UCCCAGCCCGCCGCCGGGCUGCGCCGGCUCCGGCUCCGACUCCGACUCCGGGUGGGGUCCCCGGGGGUCCCGGAUGGCCGCGGCGGGGUCCUGGAGGCGCCGCGCGUGAGCCCGCUGGCGCCAUGGAGGCCGAGCAGCGGCCGAUCGCCACGCGCACGGGCGACGGGGCGACCCCCGGACUGGAGGCGGCACCCCCUGCUGGCCCGGCGCCCGCGCCAUCGCCCGCACCCGCGCCCGCACCCGCACCCGCACCCGCCGCGGCCACGGGUUCGACUCCCGGCUCCGCGUCCGGGACGGAGCCCAAGAGGAGGCAGCUCGGCACGCUGCUCCAGCCCGCCGUCAACAAGUUCUCCCUUCGCGUGUUCGGCAGCCACAAAGCGGUGGAGCUCGAGCAGGAACGGGUGAAGUCGGCCGGGGCUUGGAUCAUCCACCCCUACAGCGAUUUCAGGUUUUACUGGGAUCUGAUCAUGCUUCUGCUGAUGGUGGGGAAUCUGAUUGUGCUCCCUGUGGGCAUUACCUUCUUCAAGGAAGAGAACUCCCCACCCUGGAUCGUCUUCAACGUCCUUUCUGACACCUUCUUCCUGUUGGAUCUGGUGCUCAACUUCCGCACGGGCAUCGUGGUCGAGGAGGGGGCUGAGAUCCUGCUGGCGCCCCGGGCCAUCCGCACACGCUAUCUGCGCACCUGGUUCCUGGUGGACCUCAUCUCCUCCAUCCCUGUGGAUUACAUCUUCCUGGUGGUGGAACUGGAGCCCCGGCUGGAUGCCGAAGUCUACAAGACAGCCCGAGCCCUCCGCAUUGUGCGGUUCACCAAGAUCCUCAGCCUGCUUCGGCUGCUCCGCCUCUCCCGCCUCAUCCGCUACAUCCACCAGUGGGAGGAGAUCUUCCACAUGACCUACGACCUGGCGAGCGCCGUGGUUCGCAUCUUCAACCUCAUCGGCAUGAUGCUGCUGCUCUGCCACUGGGACGGCUGCCUGCAGUUCUUGGUCCCCAUGCUGCAGGACUUCCCCUCUGACUGCUGGGUGUCCAUCAGCCACAUGGUGAACCACUCAUGGGGCCGCCAGUACUCCCACGCCCUGUUCAAGGCCAUGAGCCACAUGCUGUGCAUCGGUUAUGGGCAGCAGGCACCAGUGGGCAUGCCGGAUGUGUGGCUUACCAUGCUUAGCAUGAUCGUGGGUGCCACAUGCUAUGCCAUGUUCAUCGGCCACGCCACUGCACUCAUCCAGUCCCUGGACUCCUCUCGGCGCCAGUACCAGGAGAAGUACAAGCAGGUGGAGCAGUACAUGUCCUUCCACAAGCUUCCUGCAGACACGAGGCAGCGCAUCCAUGAGUACUACGAACACCGCUACCAGGGCAAGAUGUUUGAUGAGGAGAGCAUCCUGGGGGAGCUGAGCGAGCCGCUGAGGGAGGAGAUCAUAAACUUCACGUGCCGGGGGCUGGUGGCUCACAUGCCGCUAUUCGCCCAUGCCGACCCCAGCUUCGUCACUGCUGUGCUCACCAAGCUGCGCUUCGAAGUUUUCCAGCCGGGUGACCUGGUGGUGCGUGAAGGUUCCGUGGGCAGGAAGAUGUACUUCAUCCAGCACGGGCUGCUCAGCGUGCUGGCACGGGGCGCAUGCGACACCCGCCUCACUGACGGAUCCUACUUUGGGGAGAUCUGCCUGCUGACGCGGGGCCGGCGCACCGCAAGUGUGCGGGCGGACACCUAUUGCCGCCUCUACUCACUCAGUGUGGACCAUUUCAACGCGGUGUUGGAGGAAUUCCCCAUGAUGCGCCGGGCCUUUGAGACGGUGGCUAUGGAUCGGCUGCGCCGCAUAGGCAAGAAGAACUCUGUGCUCCAGCGGAAGCGCUCUGAGCCCAGUCCGGGCAGCAGUGGGGGUCUCAUGGAGCAGCACCUGGUGCAGCAUGACCGGGACAUGGCCCGGGGUGUCCGUGGCCUCGCCCCAGGCACAGGUGCACGGCUCAGUGGGAAACCGGUGUUGUGGGAGCCCCUGGUGCACGCACCCUUGCAAGCUGCCGCUGUCACCUCCAACGUGGCCAUUGCUCUGACACACCAGCGGGGCUCUCUGCCUCUCUCCCCCGACUCUCCAGUCGUCCUCCUGGCUCGCUCCACUCGGCGCUCUGCAGGCUCCCCAGCUUCCCCACUGGUGCCUGUCCGUGCAGGUCCCCUGUUGGCCCGGGGCCCCUGGGCCUCCACCUCCCGCUUGCCCAUCCCUCCUGCCCGCACUCUCCAUGCCAGCUUGUCCCGAGCCGGCCGUUCCCAGGUAUCCCUGCUAGGCCCUCCCCCUGGAGGAGGUGGACGACGGUUGGGACCUCGAGGCCGACCUCUCUCAGCUUCCCAACCCUCCCUGCCUCAGCGGGCAGCAGGCGACGGGUCUCCAGGCCGGAAGGGCUCUGGGAGCGAGCGCCUGCCGCCAUCAGGGCUACUGGCAAAGCCUCCAGGGACAGUUCAGACCUCUCGCCCACCAGUGCCAGAGUCAACCACUCCCCGGGGCCCCCAGCUCUCCGCCAACAUGUGAGCUCUUGUGGGUAAGCCCUUGGGAGCAGUCAUGGGCCCUGGGUUGCCGUGUCUCCGGGAAGCCACAGGGAUGUGAGACACUGUCCUUCAGGAACACCUCCGGGACUGCUGAGGACUGUGCGCUCCACCCCUGCACAGAUUUCUGCAGCCGGCCUGAUGCCCUGAUUCACCCACUGAGGCCAUGCCAGGCACUGUAUGUACAUCUGCACUGCCAAGUAGAAGCGACUCCCAGCUCCUACCAGGGUGUCCCUCAGCCAUCCCUGGGCCCCUGAUCCCCCCACCUCACAAAGCACAAAAAUCUGCCAUCAUCCACGUCACUGCCAGGUCACCCGAUGUCUGUUUCUCUGUCAUGGCCAUGUAGAUCCUGUCCAGUAUGGUGGCUGUCCUGUCUUCCCUAGCAUAGCUGGACACAGCCAAUAGCCACAGUCCCCACUGCCAUCACAAAUAUCCCAGGUCCUGAGUGUGAGUGUCCACUUUUACUGCCACAUAUGGACUUCCUGCCUCAAGCCUCAGAGGGGGGACUUCUUGCCCAAGUCUCAUCCUUUCUGUCUGGAUGUAGAAUGGUCAUUUUGUACACCAGAGCCACCAUCCGUAGGCCCCUGCUCCUCUGGAGUUCCCCCUUGGAGCUAAGAGAGGGUUAUGAAGCUCCUUAUUUAUUUGU